UUUCCGCAGUUAAACUGAAGAUACUUCACGGGGUUAGCAGAGGGAGAUCUCAAUGCCAUAUACGAUGAUGGAAGCUUUCUCACUCUCCACCUCACACUUCGCUCCUCCUCCCUUCUCCUCCUCCACCCUUCUCGCUGGCAACUACCACCCUUCCUCCGCUAUAUCCUUCUCCGUCAAACCCCCGCCGGACUCAAACAAUUCUGCUACUUCAACCUCCGGCAACUUCCGCCGCCCCUCCAAACCCCUUAAAACAUCCAAACCUUCCUCAAACCAUAAACCCCGAUCAAAUUCAAACCCUCUCAAGAACAAGAACCCCUUCAGUACCCCCUCCCGUUCCCUUACAGACAAGCUCUGGCUAACAAGCAAACUCUCUCCUCCUCCACCUCCUCCUCCGCCCCCUCCUCCGCCGCCCGACGAAGAAGAACAAGUCGAGGACUCGGAAAUGGAGGAGGAUUGCAGAGAAAGUCAUGACUCGCCUGCCACGGCGGGGACUCCGUUUCGGGAGCCGGGGAAAAUUUUCAUCGGGAACUUGCCCGGUUGGGUCAAGAAACAAGAAAUUGCGGAGUUUUUUCGGCAAUUCGGGGCGAUAAAGAGCGUGAUAUUGAUCAAGGGUCACAACGACACGGAGCGGAAUGCGGGAUUUGCGUUUGUGAAUUAUGAGGGCGUGGUAGAGAAGGCUGAGAAUUCGGCGAUGAAAGCAGUGGAAUUCGACGGUGUGGAGUUCCACGGGAGGGUCUUGACGGUGAAAUUGGAUGAUGGGAGGAGGAUGAGGGACAAGACUCGAGAGAGGGCGAGAUGGUUGGAAGGGAGUGAUGAUAAGGAUUAUCGGUCCGAGUGGCACGAAGACAGGGACGGCUCGAGGAAGGAGUUCAGGAAGGUUCUGGAGACCGAGCCGGAGAAUUGGCAGGCGGUUGUUCGGGCUUUCGAGAGAAUCAAGAAGCCAGCUAGAAAAGAAUAUGGCUUGAUGGUUAAAUUUUAUGCGAGGCGAGGGGACAUGCAUCAUGCACGUCAAACAUUCGAGAGUAUGCGAGCCAGAGGAAUUGAACCAUCUUCUCAUGUAUAUAGUAGUCUUAUUCAUGCAUAUGCAGUUGGAAGAGACAUGGAAGAGGCUUUACUUUGUGUAAGAAAGAUGAAGGAAGAGGGCAUUGAAAUGAGCUUAGUGACAUACAGUAUAAUUGUGGGGGGAUUUGCUAAAGUAGGCAAUGCUGAUGCUGCAGAUCACUGGUUUAAGGAGGCCAAAGAGAGGCUUUCAUCUUUAAAUGCCAUCAUUUAUGGGAACAUAAUUUAUGCACACUGUCAAAGUAGCAAUAUGGAUCGAGCUGAAGACUUGGUGAGGGAAAUGGAAGAACAGGGCAUUGAUGCUCGCAUCGACAUAUAUCAUACCAUGAUGGAUGGGUAUACAAUGGUUGGCAAUGAAAAAAAAUGCUUGGUCGUGUUUGACAGACUAAAGGAAUGUGGUUUCUCUCCCUCAGUUAUCACCUUUGGCUGUCUCAUAAAUCUUUACACCAAGAUAGGAAAAGUUUCUAAAGCAUUGGAGAUUAGCAAAAUGAUGAAAAUGGCUGGCAUAAAACAUAACAUGAAGACGUACUCUAUGCUGAUCAAUGGAUUCUUGAAGUUAAAAGAUUGGGCUAAUGCAUUUGCCGUUUUCGAAGACCUUACUAAAGAUGGUUUGAAACCUGAUGUUGUUUUGUAUAACAACAUUGUAAAAGCCUUUUGUGGGAUGGGUAAUAUGGAUCGUGCCAUUACUAUCAUUAAGCAAAUGCAAAGGGAGAGGCAUAGACCAACAACCCGCACAUUUUUACCCAUUAUACAUGGCUUUGCAAGAGCCGGGGAGAUGAGGAGAGCCCUGGAGAUUUUCGAUAUGAUGAGGAGGAGUGGCUGCAUCCCCACUGUACACACUUAUAAUGCUCUUAUUCUUGGCCUUGUUGAGAAGCGUCAGAUGGAAAAGGCUAUAGGGAUAUUGGAUGAAAUGAAUUUGGCAGGUGUUAACCCAAAUGAGCAUACCUAUACAACUCUUAUGCAUGGUUAUGCUUCACUGGGUGAUACUGAAAAGGCCUUUCAGUACUUCACAAAAUUGAAGAAUGAGGGCUUGGAGAUUGAUGUAUAUACUUAUGAGGCAUUGUUGAAGGCAUGUUGUAAGUCAGGCCGAAUGCAGAGUGCCCUAGCAGUCACAAAAGAAAUGAGUGCAAAGAAGAUUCCUAGAAAUACUUUUGUCUAUAACAUACUAAUUGAUGGAUGGGCUCGGAGAGGCGAUAUUUGGGAGGCAGCAGACCUGAUGCAACAAAUGAGAGAUGAAGGGGUGCAACCUGACAUCCAUACUUACACAUCUUUUAUAAAUGCUUGCUGUAAAGCUGGUGAUGUGCAGAAAGCCACACAGGUUGUUCAAGAAAUGGAAACAUCUGGCAUAAAACCAAAUCUCAAAACCUACACUACCCUAAUACAUGGAUGGGCACGUGCCUCUUUCCCAGAAAAGGCUUUGAGAUGCUUUGAAGAGAUGAAGAUGGCCGGAUUGAAGCCAGACAAAGCAGUGUACCAUUGUCUUAUGACAUCACUGCUAUCGAGAGCCACCUUUGCUCAAGAAUACAUUUACAAGGGACUCUUGUCUAUAUGUAGAGAGAUGAUAGAGUCGGAGAUAACCGUAGAUAUGGGAACUGCAGUCCACUGGUCGAGAUGUUUACGAAAGAUUGAGAGGACAGGAGGGGAAUUAACAGAGGCCCUUGAAAAGACCUUCCCU